GCCCGUCGAGCGAGCGCGACAGCAGUGCCCCUCUCAUCUUCUCUCCCCUCGCGGUGGCCCGUCCCAGCGGGAGACGCAGCAGUGGCUUUGUAGCAGCGCUGGGAUUGGCGUGCCCAUUCCGAGGGUGACGGGGUGCCGCGGCGGCGGUUCGGCGGAGGGGGACCGCUGAUUACGGAGAGCGGCCCUGUGCUAGGAGUGGUGCCUGCUCGUUCCGCUUCUGCUUCUGCUUCGCUUCUCCCUCUCGGAUUGUUCGUGGAGAUACAUUCUAUAGGAAUUCUCCCAAGUUAUUUAAAGGGCAGCUAUGGCUACUAUUCUAGAUAUAGGUGUCUCUGCGGCUAUCAACAUACUGAGUGCCAUAGUGUUCCUGCUAGCAUUUGCUUUCCUACGGCUGCAGCCUAUCAAUGAUAGGGUUUACUUCCCAAAAUGGUACCUCAAAGGUUCAAGAGAGAGCCCAAGUCAUGGGGGUACAUUUGUUCGGAAAUUUGUCAAUUUGGACAUGCGGUCGUACUUGAAGUUCUUAAGUUGGAUGCCUGCUGCUCUCAAAAUGCCUGAGGAUGAGUUGAUUAGCCAUGCAGGGCUUGAUUCAGCUGUCUAUCUGCGGAUUUACUUAAUUGGGCUUAAGAUAUUUGUUCCAAUCUCAAUUCUAGCAUUUGUUGUUCUUGCCCCUGUUAAUUGGACCAAUGAUACUCUACAACUCAUGGAGGUAGAGCACAGCGAUAUUGAUAAGCUUUCGAUAUCGAACAUACCUGUUGGUUCGAAAAGGUUCAUAGCCCACUUGACGAUGGCUUAUGCUUUCACAUUUUGGACCUGCUAUGUACUGCUAUGUGAGUAUGAAAUAGUUGCAAAAAUGAGACUGCGUUUUCUUGCAUCAGAGAAACGCAGACCAGACCAGUUCACGGUCCUCGUGCGGAAUAUACCACCUGAUCCAGAUGAAUCAAUUGGUGAGCUUGUUGAACAUUUCUUUCUUGUGAAUCAUCCUGAUCACUAUCUAAUGCACCAGGUUGUUUACAAUGCAAAUAAGCUUGCUAAAUUGGUCAAAGAGAAGAAGAACAUUCAGAAUUGGCUUGACUACUAUCAGCUGAAGUUUGAAAGAAAUACAUCUAAAAGACCUACUACUAAGACUGGUUUUCUUGGAUGUUUUGGUUCCAAGGUGGAUGCUAUUGAAUACUACACAUCAGAAAUUGAGAGGAUGGAAAAUGAAGAAGCAGAAGAGCGUAAAAAGAUUGUAAAGGAUUCCAAAUCAGUUGUGCCAGCAGCAUUUGUUUCCUUCCGAUCACGGUGGGGUGCAGCAGUUUGUGCUCAGACACAACAAACCUGUAAUCCAACUGUUUGGUUGGCUGAAUGGGCUCCAGAACCUCGCGAUGUUUACUGGGACAAUUUGUCUAUUCCAUUUGUUUCCCUUACUGUUCGAAGGUUGAUAGUGGCAGUGGCAUUCUUCUUCCUGAACUUCUUUUAUGUGAUCCCAAUAGCAUUUGUUCAGUCUCUUGCAAAUCUUGAAGGAAUUGAGAAGGCAGCUCCAUUUCUGAAGCCUCUGAUUGAAAUGCAUGUUGUCAAAUCAUUUAUCCAAGGUUUCCUUCCUGGAAUUGCUCUGAAGAUCUUCCUUAUAUUGCUCCCAAGCAUAUUAAUGUUUAUGUCUAAGUUUGAAGGAUUGACAUCAGUAUCUUCACUAGAGAGAAGAUCUGCAUCCAAGUAUUACAUCUUCCUAUUCUUCAAUGUGUUUUUGGCAAGCAUUAUUGCAGGAUCUGCUUUAGAGCAGCUAAAAAGCUAUCUUCAUCAGUCAGCAAAUGAAAUACCAAGGACAAUUGGUGUAGCAAUUCCAAUGAAGGCAACCUUUUUUAUAACAUAUAUAAUGGUCGAUGGUUGGGCUGGCGUAGCUGGUGAAAUAUUAAGAUUGAAGCCAUUGGUAAUCUUCCACUUGAAAAACUUUUUCUUGGUCAAGACUGAGAAAGACAGAGAAGAGGCAAUGGACCCUGGAAGUAUUGGUUUUGACUCAAAUGAACCUCAAAUUCAGCUCUAUUUCUUACUUGGUCUUGUCUAUGCUGCGGUGACACCAUUUUUGCUUCCUUUCAUAUUGAUAUUCUUCGGGUUUGCAUACAUGGUAUACCGUCACCAGAUAAUAAAUGUGUACAAUCAAGAAUAUGAGAGUGCAGCAGCGUUUUGGCCAAGUGUUCAUGGGCGUAUAAUCACAGCAUUGAUCGUAUCACAGCUGCUUCUCCUUGGAUUACUUAGCACAAAAGGCGCUGGCCAGUCAACACCGGUGCUCCUUGUUCUUCCAGUAGUAACAUUUUAUUUCCACAAAUACUGCAAGAACCGCUAUGAACCUACUUUUGUAAAAUGUCCAUUACAGGAGGCAAUGAAGAAAGAUACCCUAGAACGUGCAAGAGAGCCUGGAUUUGAUCUCAAAGGAUACCUGAUGAAUGCCUACAUCCACCCAGUGUUCAAAGGUGAUGACGACGAUGAGAUAUUCUCUGUCGCCGAUGAACCAGAGGCAGAGCAAGUUCUUGUAGCAACCAAGCGGCAAUCCAGGCGGAAUACCCCUGUCCCCAGUAAAUACAAUGGUUCGGAGUCGCCUUCUCUGCCUGAAAUUGUAAAAUGAUCAACGGCUAUAGAUUGGUGUCAGUCUGCAGUUUUCCAAUGUAAAUUAAGUAAAGGACACAAUAAUGCUUUUAAUACCUCUAGUUUAUAAUGAGUAAUGGUCAAUAUAUAUGUAUGUAUGUAUGUAUGUAUGUAUGUAUGGUUCUUUUGCGAGGUGUGUUUGACUUGUUAUCUUGGAUUAUUUCACCACCCGUUGUCAAGUUA